AUGGAAAAAAAGUUUUCAGGAUUUUAUUUCUCUCUUAAAUCAAAAGUUUACCUUGUGAAAAGCUCUAAUGAAUCGUGUAACAAGACAACUUUCUGUAAAUAUAAAAAAAUUCUCAUUCAACUUGAAUUUGCAGCCAGCAGCAAAAUCAUAGCAAAUACGUUCAUCAUAAGAUCAGGCCCUAAAGGAACUCACAAAAAUAUUUAUUUUCAAAAACAAAUUUUAAAGUGA